AUGGGAAGCCAGACCGUCAAGGUCACCCCUACUUCAACUGCUUCCCUCACGCCUACCCCUGAGCCCGAGGCCACAACGUCCUCUCACGUUGAGACUACUAGCACUACUCACACCGAGAAGCCUGUUGAGACCACCUCGUCUUCUUCUGACUCCAGCGACUGGAUGCCCUCCAGCAUUCUAAUCCAGCCUUCCACUACCGAGAGUGCUAUCAGCACUAGCACUGCCACUCACAGCGUGGUUGCGUCCCUUCCUGACUCGAUUACUCCUUCCAACAGUGUCACCCAGGCUCCUGCCGACUCUAUGUUGCUUCAGCUCGGUUUUGACGGCAGCCUUCCCUGGUCAUUCGUCGCUACCACUCCUCUGUCUUCGUCUCAGAUCUUCGAGUACAUCCCUCAGGCCCUGAAGCAUGCUCUUCCCUACUGGGGUGCCAAGGCUGAGAUGUUCGCUCUUGAGCCUUACUACAACUGGGAGAGCACCGGAUACAACGCCACCCUCGCUAUCUUCUACUUCCCCACUGAAGGUUACCAAAAGCUGAAGUCUCAGAAGACUAACCCGAACUCUCUUCUCUACACCGAGGAGCAGAGCGCGACUGUCAAGGCCUUGAUGAGCAUGAUUGACUCCACCAUUCCUUUGGAUUUCACCGGCAACUGGCCCAGUGAUGACGGCGACUCAUCAUCCGGUUCUGAUGGCAGCGACGGCAGCAGCAGCAGCGGCAGCGACAGCAGCGACGGCAGCGACGACUCCUCUGAUGGCACCUCAAGCAGCAGCAAGGGUAGCGCUAGCUCCGCCGGCAUUGCUGUCGGUGCCGUGGCUGGUGCCGCCGCCUACGGUGCCGCUAUGUUCUGGGUUGCUCGCCGUUACCGCAAGAGAAAGCAACUGCACCAGCGCUCCAGCUCUGUCGACCAGAUGAGCCAGGGUUCCUCUGUCGUCGGUGCUGGUAACCGUGUGUCUGGUAGCCAGCGCUCCCAGAUGAUCAGUGCCCCCGUUAUGGCGGAGAACUCUCUGGGCUGGAACUAG